AUGUCAGUAGAUCCAAAACAAUCAAAAAUAGCAGAUGUAUUCGAAAGAUGUGAUGUUUUAGAGAGUUUUCCAUUUCAUGAUGAUCAAUCAGAGAUUGAAGAACAAUCACCAAGUAUUGGAUAUGAUGCAUAUGAUAAAUCAUUGAAUUAUACAGAUAGAGGUGCCUAUGAAACUCAAUGGUCCGAAGAAACAAUUGGUAUGGAAAAAAUGGAAGAAGUUUUAAAACAGGGUGAUUCAUUCAUCAAUAUGGUCUAUACAUAUCGUUCAUGUUCAAAGGCAUUACCAACUGUUAAAACCGCUGAACAAGUUAAUAAAACUCAAAUCUAUGAAGGUAAUUUCGAAGUGUUAGAACCAGAGAUUAAGAAAUUAAAGGAUUUCAUGUACUUUCAAAAGGACACAAUCAAAUUAUUUUGUGAUCAUAUUAAAAAAUUAGCAUCAACCUAUGAUAAAAAAAAAGAAACAAUCUCAGCUUCUGAAUCUUUUAUCAAUUAUUUAGUUCGUAUUUUAGAUCUCUUAGCAAUUUUAGAUGCUUUAAAAAAUAUGAAAGCUUGUUUAAAUAAUGAUUUUUCAUUUUUUAAAAGAGCAACUGGAUUUUUAAGAAAACAAAUGUCAGGUACUGAAGAUCAAACUCAAGAGAAUCAUACAUUAUAUUUAUUUUUAGCAAAUCAAAAUUCAAUUACAUCAUCAUUGAAAUUAGAAUUACAUAAUAUUGAUAAGUUUGAUGAUAUUUUACCAAUGAUUGUUAAUCAAUGUGCAGAUUAUUUGGAGCAAGAAAAGUAUAUUUUACCAAGUGAAAAACAUUGUUUACUUAGAGUUAUGCCAUUUGUAUUGUUUUUAAUCGAUGAGAAUGACUCUAAACAUAAUAUCAACAAGAACAAGAAUUUGAAUAUCUCACGUUAUGCAAAGAUUUUCAAAAAGAAUCCAGUCGUACCAUUGUAUGGUGAUAUGCAAAUCACAUUGGAAUCAUUGGUUAAGAGAUCACCACAUUUCGAUGAGAAGGCAUGGGGUACCUCAACAUUGGAUAGUAAAUCAGCGUUGGAUUACGAGAUCAUUCAUGUUUUGGACCAAACACGUUCCCUCUACAACGAGUAUAUGGCACGUUUUGCAAAUAUGGUCAACGAGAUUAGAGCGGCCAAAGCUCGUGGUCCAAAGGAACCAUUGCCAUUGGCAGAGUCUGAUAUUCAAGCAAUCACAUUGAUGGGUUUGAGGAUUCUCUCUGAUUGGACCUCAAGAGUACUUCAACAAUCGGCUUGGAAAUAUUCUAAACCAAACAAUGAUCCAACCAUUUCAGCAACCUUUGAUUAUGAACGUGUCGUUAAAUUCAAUUAUACCAAAGAGGAGAGAACCGCUUUGGUUCAAUUGAUCGCCAUGAUCAAAUCAUUGGCUUCAUUGAUGAUGAAGAGUGAAACAUUACUUCAACCAAUACUUCGUAAGACCAUUCAUCAAGAGUUGCAAGAGUUUGUUCAAAUCAAUCUCAAAGAGACCAUUAAAUCCUUUGUAAAGAAUAAUCCAAAGAAGAAGGAUAACAUCAAAUUGGAGAUGUCACAAUUGAAGAAUAUCUCUGUCGAUUGGUUCAGUGGUUUCGAACCUGCCGAAGCUGUACCAAACAAAAAGAGUAAAGAAGUCGAAGAGAAAGUUCAAAUUCCUGCUCGUGCCGUACCACCAUCACCAACCCAAUUGGAAUUGAUUCUCACUUUGGUCUCAUCAUUAAUGGAUAAAAAGAAGGAUUUCUCCUCUGAUCAAUAUCGUGACUUUGAAGCAUUUAGUAGCAAGGCCUUCUUUUAUCGUUACCUUUUAUCAUUAUCCUCAUCAAUCAUUUCAAUCACCGAUUUAGCCGAUCUUUGGUAUCGUGAAUUCUAUUUAGAAUUGAACAAUCGUGUACAAUUUCCAAUUGAAACUUCGCUUCCAUGGAUUCUUACCGAUCAUAUCUUGGAAUCAGAUGAUCCAUCAUUAAUUGAACAUCUCUUCUAUCCUUUGGGUCUCUACAAUGAUACUGCUCAACGUGCUCUCCUAAGUUUAAACCAACGUUUUCUCUACGAUGAAAUCGAAGCAGAACUCAAUCUUUGUUUCGAUCAAUUACUUUACAAACUCUCUGGUAAGGUUUAUACUCAUUUCAAGACUCAAGCAAGUUCUAUCCUCUUGGAUAAACCAUAUAAAACUCAAUUGGAAUUGGCUCAUUUCAAUGGUAAAUUACAUACACCAAAAUCACGUUUCGACGUUUUGCUACGUCAAAAACAUAUUACCCUCCUUGGUCGUUCCAUUGAUCUUUGUGGUCUAUUGGCUCAAAGACAAAACAAUACCAUUCGUCAAAAUUUAGAUUAUGCCAUCAGUAGAUUCGAAGCUUGCGAUUUAACAUCGAUCGUUGAAUUGGAGACCCAAAUCGCCAAUAUCAAACUCACUCACAAACUCUUAUCAGAAUACUUUGAUAUAGAUCCAUUCGAAUCAAUCUUUAAUGAAAUCAAUGAGUCCACUUCUUUGGUCUCUUAUCAUGGUCGUAUUGUACUUCAUAUUAUCUUUGAAUUGGUGGCCGAUUUCGCUCCAAACUAUACCUUCAAUUCAAUCACUCAACGUUUUAUAAAGGCUCCAUACACUUUCACCGAAGAAUUGAAACGUGAUGCACUUCCAAAAACUAAUCCUGUCUUUUUGUUUGGUAAUAAAUAUUUGAAUGCUGCCUAUGCAAACUCGAUCGAACUCUACAAGAAUUUCAUUGGUGUACCACAUAUUCAAUCAAUCCUUAGAAUCGUUGGUAAAAAGAAUCUUCCUUUGAUCGUUGCUGAGGUAUUACGUAAUAUUGAAAUCAAGAUCACCAAUGUUCUCUCACCAUACGUUAGUGAAUUACUUCAAGGUAUGCCUGCAUCGACUAAAUUACCAAUCUAUGAUUAUGGUACUGAAGGUGGCUAUGGUUAUUUCCAACUUAAAUUGAAAGACAUUUACAUCUAUCCAGAUUUACGUCCAGAGGUACUUCAAACAUUCAGAGAAUUGGGUAACAGUUUGGUAUUUAUGAAUCUUUUGGAUCAAGUUAUCACUCAAACCGAUAGUUAUAACUUUGCCAAAGCUGCACCUUUCCUUGGUAUCACUCCAGAGACUUGGAAAGAUUUAGAACCAUCCACUGAGGAUCCAACCCUUCAAUCACCAUUGUACUCUCAAUUACAAAAGUUGGCUCAACUCUUGGAGAGUAGACCAGAGGUUGCCAAAUCUUCACAAUCACUCAAUGAUAUGGUUGCAAACGCAUGGCGUGCCGAUAAAUUCUAUCGUCCAUCCGAACAAAACUUUUCUCUCUUUAAGAGUGUCCUCCAACGUUUCUCUUCAAUCCUUAAUAUUGUUCGUCAUGAUUGGUCUGGUGCUCCUCCAGAUAAUGGUGUCAUUUGCGUUGAUUCCUCAACAGAGUUUUAUCGUUUAUGGAGUGCCCUUCAAUUUGUAAUCUGUUGGCCACUCUCAAAUGAAAAUGAUAAAUCUUUCCAUGAAUUGUUUGGUGAUGGUUUAAUGUGGGCCGGUUGUUCAUUGAUCCAUUUCCUUGGUCAACAAUAUCGUUUCGAAUUAUUUGAUUUCUGUUAUCACAUUUUAAAUGUAGAAGAGGCUGCUGCUGUUCGUUCAGAUAAACCUGCCUUAAAGAAUUUCUUUAAGAAUGCUCAAAUCAUCAAAGAUAUCAAUAAUCAAAUCUUUAGUAUACUCAAUACAUAUUGUCCACCACCACCACCUUCUAAUAUGAUCCUUUCACCACCUGCUACUGAACAAGCUGAACAAUUUAUAGUUACAACCACUGUUGAAGAACAAUCAAUUCAACAACAACAACAACAACAACAACAACAACAACUUCAACAAUCAACUUCAAAUUCUGGAAGUAGUUUAUCACUUUCUGCUGCUGGUGCACCACCUCCACCACCACCACCAUCAACAAAUGGUUUACCACCUCCACCACCAAUGGCUGAAUAUGAAAUGAGUUCAAGUAUUGAUGAUUUUGCUCCACCCCCACCACCACCAUUUGGAAUGCCACCACCCCCACCAAUGUAA